AUGGCCGAACUAGCGGAUAUAUCAAUUGAGGAGGAGCUUGCCCAAAUCAAGAGGUUCAAGCGGAAAGUUAUGGUUAAGCUUUCGGGAAAUUAUCCACCUCUAAAUCAAUCCCAAGAUGGCGCUAUAUUUCCGGAGAUUAGAGGGGAGACAUCUAAUCGUGGGAACAAGCUUUUGCAACAUUCCGAUGCCAUCACAUAUUCUAAACUUCGCGCUAAGGAGCAUGAGUCCAAAGUUUUCUACAACGGUGCAGAGCACCGUCUUUUGUCUAGAAAGCGUAUGAAAUUUAACGAUGGUACUGCAUCGAGUAAAACUGGAGAUAAACAACAACAGAAAGACGAUGAAGAAGAUGAGGAAGAAAGAGCUAAUAAUGACAACGGUGAUGAUGAUUUGAAUGAAUUGGUAUCUAUCAAGGAUAUUCUAUCCCCAAUAUCAUCCUUGAAGGAUGUGGUCAGUCACCCAUCGCACUCUAAACCUUUUAAAAGUCCGGUAUUAAAAGAACUAGCUUUGAGUAAUGUGUUGAUGGUCGAGAAAGAACAAGACAACGUUAUCAACUACUACAAACUACUAGAAAUAUUUUUGGGAGAUUUUCCAGAGGCAUUAUACGAAAAGGAUUUAAAGCUACCCGUAUACGAUCACAAACUUACAAUCAAAGAAGAGGAUGAUGAUAAUACAAAUACCAAUAGCCCUACUAGCAGUUCUAGUGGUUUAGAACUGAAACCAAAAGAUGAAGAAGCUUUCUUUGGCUUGCCUGAGUUUACAGAAUCCGAAACCCUACUCUCACUCAUACCGAAACGCUUCCAUACAGGAGAUCCUACUGUUCCAAUCAGCGGUGAAAUAACGGAUGACAUCGAGACAACUAGACAGCUGGCCCAGAUAGCUCUGCAGAGAAAUCAAGAAUUCAUUAGAAAUUUACAAAAGAUACGAAACUGUAUCGUGAAAGCUAAUAGAAUAAGAGAAAGAAUUCUAAUGUGGGGUAAGGAAUUUUCGGGCAUACCAGAGCAAGGUGUUACUGUUCCAAAUGCUUUGAAUGUUGUGAAAAGAGGGUUAAUCAGUGCGACAACAAACCAAACACAACCUUUGGAUGCCGAAGAAUCAGAUAACGAGGAAAACAAUUAA